AUGAACAUUGCGGCCCCAACCUUCAAUGCACUUAAUAAGCCUCAAAAGCGCGCUCUAAUCCUGCGAGAUCAACUCCGCUUCAUCGACCCGCAACAUCUAAAUGGGUUCCUAGAAGGAGUCAGUAAAGAUGAGCCACCAACGUACAAGAAAGUCGAUGGUGUCAUCCAACCUGAACUCACCCUGGUCACACUCAAGGCAGAAGCCACACACUUUGACCUUGGAAAUGUGUUGCUCGCUGAGGAAAAGAAUGCCAUCUAUCGGGUCCACCUAGUAGUCGAGAAUGGCCACAUAGAUAUGCGCGCCGAAGAUCCGCUUCCGCAGGACGAUGAUGUUCUUGAUUCCGUACCCAUUCAUGGCUUCAUUGCUAAGGGUAUGGUGCCUUUGUUCAGGGAUAAGUUCCAUGCCAUCUAUUCCCGAAUAAACAAGAUCAAUGGAGCUAGGCAGGCAGCUUACAAAAUGGCGAACCAGGCGCCAACACUCGUUCAUGAUGGAGAGACUCUCACAAGGCUUAAUCCUCCCAAGCGUGAGCAAAGCCAGUCAGCUUCACAGUUAAAUCAGAGUGGAUCAUACCAGGUCAAGCAGCAUACUUCAAACAAGCGCAAGCGCACAGGUCUUGAUACCAUCCCCGAAGACACUAAGAGCAGGAUAUUCGACAUCAUUCCAAGCAACGUCAAAGUCAACCUCUUUAACAGCAUCGCGGAAGCCGCUAUUCCGAACUUUGAUAACGUGAUGAUGGCAUCCUGGAAUGUCGUAUCCAUCUACUCCGCCUGCGGGAGCGACUUCCCCGACCUCCACCGGUCAAUUGUUACCUUGAAGAGCGUACUCCAGGAUUUCGACGAGGCAUUCGGUAAACGCGUCGACCGAGAGACACCCAAAUAUCGGAACGAUUUCUGCGGUCAUGCACAGAGUGACGAGAACGGAGGUGGUGAUGGGAACUGCACACCAGGCCAGCAUAGACAUGACGGUAGAAUUCGCCCCAUCUCACACGCCCUUGCCAACAACGAGAAUGCUGGAGGAAUUGUAAAUCAACCAGAGAAUCCGAAUACUGACCAUAACAUCUCUAAGCAGAAGGACAUGGCCACACCAAAAGACGGCACUGAGCAAACCAGCGAUGAGGAGAAACCAAACAUAUCAUCCCCCUUCCAACCACCCCACCCCGCAAACCCCUCAGAAAGAGAAGAAGGAGGAAUUAACCAAGAAGAAACACAAAUUCGCUACACUAAUACCCAUCCCUUUUCCGCCCGAACCCCAUACAACACCGCCACGUUCCCGUCCAGAAAAUGCCUCGACACCCGUUCUGCUACACCUGACAGCAGACUUGAAAAAUUUGGGGUGCCAAAAUAUUCUCGCGAGGAUUUGGAUAGCAGAACUUCUUUGCCUGCGAACUAUCCAGCUCGUUCCACGCCUGCGCCCAGAACGAGCACGCUGGGUACCGCGCCUGUGGCGAAUAUGGUGCCGAAUGGGCAGAAGAAGAAGAAGAAGAAGAAGAAGAAGAAGAAGGAUAAGAGGGAUGAGAGGGUUGGCGAGUAGAUUACAUACUCUAGGGGUUUUCGAAAAUGGGAGGAAUCGAGUGUGAUUUCCAAAAGAAAUGCCAAAGUAUGUAUUUGGGGUACGGUGAGGCAGAGUUGCACGAUCAAAGGGUUACCAGAGCGAGUAAGCAGAAUUAAGGAAAAGGAAUUAG